AUGCAUGAUUUCAUUAGUGAUAUUUCUCGAUUUUGUUGGAUGAUAUUACCAUAUUUUUAUUUUUUCCCUCAAAAAUCAAUGGUAUACCUUUUUUGCAUAAUUUAAGUGUCGAAGGAAUCAUUUCAAUCCAAAUCAGAAAUCCAUUUGAAUUAAAUAAUAAAUAUACUGUUGAUUAAUUGAAUUGAUAUAAUAUAAAUAAAAUGGCUGAGAAUAGUAUAGAUCUAUUGAUCUCUAUUCCUGAAAAUACUACUCUAUGCAUUGUUGCUCCAAAAACAUAUCACGAGCUCAUAAAACUUAUUUCGGGACAAACGAAUGCCGAUUCAUGGCAAUUCAGUAUUAUAGAAGUUCAAAAUAAAUAGACGCUAAGUAUUUUUAUCUAUUUGAGGAAAUCUUUUAAGCUUUUCUCAGUAGGUUAGUUUAGGUUAUUAUAGAGGCGUUAGCCAUAAUGGUGAAGCAGUCACCAAAGACCUCCCGUACAGGAGAUUCUACCCCUUUUCGACUCUAGCCUAGAGGGUCUAUUCCCAAUAAUGGGUGCCACUUCCGGUACCUUCUGUCUCCUCCUUGCGAUUUCAGUCUUGAGAGUGCCACUUAUGGAUUUUACGGCUCUGCUACAGGGGAUUUGAAGUAGCUUGAUUCCAAGGAUUCUUGGAGUCUGUUGAGCGCCGAAGUGCCUUCCUUCAACAACUAAAGGAAAAAUUCUACUCCCUGUGGCCUGGCCGAAACCCCCAGUUUCUCGGCAGAGGAAUAUGCAUGUGUCCCCGGAUCCAAUGAGCACCUCUAUUUCGAACCAGAGGAAAGCAGCCAAAAAAACUACCCGGAUGCACGUCUCUUGAGCUUACACUUGAUUCUUGGCUCGGAGUCUGUCUUAGUUCGCUGCGACCAUAAGGUCUGGACUGUUGCACCAAGAGGGUAGGUUGACACGUAUCGCCAUUUUAAUAUUAUCAGCUGUUCUCAGUAAGCAAGCAUAUGUAUGAUCGAGAUGGCCGAAUAGUGAAAAUCAUAGACGAGAAAACUUACAGCACUAUUAUAAAUCGUGCAACCUUAUCAGGAAAAUCAGAGCUCAGCUUUUCUGUUUCUUUUGAAAGGAACACUAUGGCAUCAUAUUCGAGAUCCGAUUCAUCAGACAGCUUUUCUGUGCUUUCUUCUCCAGGAUCAGAAAUCUCAUUGAGCUUAUCAGAGAUACAAACUCCAACUAUAAAAUACACAAUCCAAUGCAGGAUUUUUAACUCCUCAAGACCAUCAGAUUUUAUAUCAUUCAAAAUCGAGCAUAAGGCAAAAUUAUUAGAAUUGUCAAAAAUGGUCCUUAAUUAUCACCAAGCUAAGAAUCCUGGUUUAAUAUGUGCAUUUUAUAGUGAAAAUGGCUAUCCCCUAGUUGGAUCCCUAUACCAAAUGCACUUUACUAGUUGUGACGAGGUGCUAAAAGAUAAAGAAAAAAUAUGUGGAUUUAUUAUCCCAGAUUUUGAUCAUAAAAUAGAACCUCCAAUUAAUCAUAAUGAUGGAGACGAUACAAUUUUUUUAAAACAUGAUACGGAUGAGUCUAAAACUUGGGCCAUAAAGGUUAACUUAAAGAAAAAUACUUUUUUAAAUUUGAAGCAGAAAAUGUAUAAUCUUCUUAGCAUACCAACUUUCAACUUAAAAAUAACAGAUAAAAACGACUCACUGUUUGAAGACAAUAAAAUAUUGAGUAGCUAUUAUAUAAAGCCAGGAGAUAUUUUGAAUUAUUUUAUUUAUGAAGUUGGUAAUACCGAAGGCUCUUACAAAGCAAUGCAAGCACAAUCUAUCCCACAAACUGUAGCCGGAAGAAGAACUCUUCAUUCAUUUUUGUAUGCUUUUUCUAAAGUAGAACUGCAAAAAAUAAAUUAUCAGCAACUAUUGUCUUGCAUUCGGCACUUAAGUAAUAAUUGCUCUCCAUUAAUCCAAUCUUUAUAUGAGUUGCAAAAGAAUAGAUCUAUGAGCGUUCUUAACUCAAUAGCUUUAGAGGAAGGAUUCAUAUUACUCAUCAAAAGUUUAUCUCAGAAUCUUUUCAAUAUAAAUAUUUCUGAUGCUAAGCUUUUUGAACAUUCUUUAGAAAUUUUAGGAGUUUUAUUUGAAAUUAGUGGAGCUGUGGAAGAUCAAGUAGCAGGUGAAGAAAAAUAUGAGAUUAUGAAUGCUAUAUGUCCACUUUCACUUAAUGAUAUAGGCGAGCCUGUGAAAUUAAAAAAACAAGAUGGAAACUGCAGCUUUUAUGAUUAUAACAGUGUCAUUCAAUACAUCAAUUUAGAUCAAGAAAUCCCAAAUGUAGGGAAAAUUUUGAAUAUUGGAGAUCUAGCAAUAGACGAUAGUUUUAAGUAUAUUACAAAAAGAGCUUCCUUAAGCAGCAAAACAUCUGCUGAUCAGUGGAUUGGUACUUUUAAUCCAAAAAAUAAUAGUGUAUUAUUGCAGUUGCAAGCUUUCACUUCAGAAUUAACCUAUAAGCAAUGAACGCAAUUAAGAAAUAAUCACCCCUUGCUUAAAUUCAUUGCUCCAUUAUCUCUGAAAUCUUCUGAAUUCAAAAACCAUCUCACAUUGAACAAAUCAAAAGAUAUCUGCGUAAAUCUUGGACUUACAGAAUGUAAGCCGAAUAAAAUAACACUAAUGAAUGUAAUUGACAAAUCAUGCGAAGAUGUUGAUGUUUCAGAGCUUGCAAGCCAAUUGGAAAUAAAUAUCGUUGAGGAAGAACAAAAAGAAUUAAUUACGCGGACACCAGAAGAGGCGAUUGCUGUGCUAUUUGAUAAUAGUUCUUCAAUGGAUAAUCAGUAUUUUGGGAGCAAGGAUAAAUUUAAGAGAGUUGACGCAAUAAAGCAAUUUUUUGAAUCUUUUUCUGAUAGGACAAUAGGCUAUGAUUUGAAAAAUAUUGUUUCACUUUAUGUGUUUAAUUCUGAUGUACAAAAAAUUUCAAAUUUUACUGAGAAUAUAAUAACGUUUGUAAAUCAGACCAAAAUUUUAAAUCCUAAAGGCACAACGAAGUUAUGGGAUUCUUUUCAUAUUGCAGUAAAUGCCUUAUUACCUCUAAAGCAGAAAUAUCCAGAGAUUUUGUUGAGAAUUCUUUGUCUGAGUGAUGGUGAAGAUACUUGCUCUCAAAAUAAACCACUGGAAACUGCCAAGCUACUCAUUAGCAAUAAAAUAAUAGCUGAUGCAGUUGUAGUUGGAGAGUUAUCAAAUGAAUUAAAAGCUCUUUGUUUGGCUACUGGAGGAUAUAUUUUUCUACCAAGUAGUCAUCAAGAAGGAAUAAAGCUGUUUGAAUCAGAAACAUUUUUAUCAGUAAAAUGCAGAGAAAAUGUAUCUUCAAAACUCGAAUUAAACUCUCAACGCUUUGAAGAAUUAAAAGUGCAAAACUUUUCAUCAAAAGCUCCCAUUAUGAAAAAGCCUUACCAAAUAGAUCUCAGUCUAGAGAGCUCUCAAAGAACCAUUGAUAGAGUUUCUGUUUCUUGUCCAGUUUGGCAAAAUACUUCAACAGCAAGCAGAUAUAAAAGGAUAAUGAAAGAAUUGCAUAUUCUAAAUGAAAACCCUCAUAAAUAUAUAUUUGUAUUCCCAUGUGAGCAGGAUGACACAUUUUGGAAUAUUUUUAUAAAAGGUCCCAAAUUAACCCCCUAUCAAAAUGGCACCUUUCAUCUCUAUUUAAGAUUUGGAAAAAAUUACCCCUUUAAGUGUCCUGAGAUAAGAUUUAUUACCCCAAUUUAUCACUGCAAUGUUAAUGAGAAUGGUAGGAUUUGUCAAGGUGCAGGCCCAAUGAUCGUGCACUUUUGAUAGCGAGCUUUCACCCAAGUACAUUUGGUCGAAAAUUGAUUGAAACUUUUAGCUGUGAGAAAAAAGUUAAAUUUCGCUCAAAUGUCAGACUAUUUAAAAUUUUCGAACAAACGCACUUCGAUGAAAUAUGUACAUAUCAAAAAUACACUGCCAUUUGACAUGGAGCCGAUUUGUCAUUCCAUUUUAGACCAGUUUUAUACUGUUGAUACUCAUAUUAAACAACUAUUAAGCUGCAUUUAUGGUCUACUUAUGAUUCCUGAGCCUUUAGAUCCUUUAGAUGCAAACAAAGCUGCAGUGUAUAGAGAUAACAUUCUAAAUUAUAAUGAAAGGGCUAAGGAAUACACAAGAUUAUAUGCAUCGAAGUCUAUUAAAGAAAUGAUAAAAAACUUACUACCAAAUAAUUUGAUUAGCCAAGGGGCUCCUAUUGAAUUUCUUGAUCCAAUUACUAAGAAAAUUAUGGAAAAUCCUGUAAAAGUUCAUAUAACUGGAAUAACAUACGAAAAAGAAGAAAUAAUAAAAGUGAUUAAAACUACAGGAAGAGAUCCUAAGCAUUUUAAGCCAAUCUCAGUGAAUGAUUUAAUUCCAAAUCUCGAGCUAAAGAGUAGAAUAGAAGAAUAUAAGAGAAAGAUUAAUCAGCCAUGGUUUCUUAAUUAA